CAUGUGCGUGUGCAUGUCUAGGAGUAUGUGAGAAUGAGUGCAAUGACACACAUCGUCAUAACCAAAUUGAAGAGUGGAGGAGACAUUAGAGCAUUGUUUUUACUGGAUGGAUGUUUUCGAUUUGGAUUUCUGCAACAACAAGGGAUUAAAUUCAACCUUUGAAUGGAUCAUGAAUAUAAAUAAGGUCAGGAAAGGAUAAUCACCUUACAUUACGAGGAAAGGUUUCGUGCACCAGUAGCAUCAUGCCAGUCACAUUCGGAGAACUUAGCACCCUCACCACUCCACUUUCAGUGGCUCGUCUCUGCGCUUUGUUCUUCAGCUGCCUCACGCUCAGCCUGGUCUCCUCUGUGGGCUAUACCUCCGAAUCACCCAGUCUUCACACCUUCUACAGCUUCUGCAUGGUUAUAUGGUGCCUCUUCUUUGUCCUCACCUUCCUUGUUGUGGUUAUCCAUUUCAUCCAGUUCCACAACUUGUUACCGCUUUCCUGGAAGAACCUCACAGCCACUGUGGCGGCUCUUGGCAUGCUCAUGACAUUUUCUGCCUCCUUUGCCUUCAUAUGGACCAUAGCGGGUCAACAUGAAUCCAAGAGGAUAGUGGCCGCCGUGGGCUCCUGUCUCACUUCGCUGGCUUACGCCGCAGAGCUCCAGUUCAUUCGAUCACAAAACGAUGGCCACCAGCGAGGCUACAUGGCCACGGUACCUGGACUUCUCAAGCUCCUGCAGGUCUUCGGAGGAUGCAUCGCGCUGGUGCUGCUCAACAUCCAACCCGAACCCUCCUGGAGGACCUGUGUGUCGAAUGUAACCUACAGCGUGUGCCUACUUCCAUCUGUGGGCACAGUUCUGGUGAUGCUAAUGGACUGUGCGGGUCGCAGCCCUGUACCAUUUGACCGGCUGCUCGCCAGCUUCAGCCUGCUGGGAGUGAUCAUGUAUACCGCAGGCACAGUCGUUUGCUUCACACGAGCACUCGAGCAGUACAGUGGCACUAAAAAACCAGAACUUGUUUUUAUAAUGAGUGAGACGGUGAUGGCAUGCAUCACUUUGCUGGCAUACACAGUGGACCUGGCUUUCUCUGUUAAACUGCUAUGUGACCGAAAUUAAGGAGGUGACACCUUUAAGUGGAGGACGUGGCUUGUUAGUUAAAGCAUGGGUGAUGUUUUUCAUAAUUCAGUAUUAUUUAAACAACACAAGAUUGUGUCUUUUUGAUAUUAUGAUAAAUUAUCAUAAAUGGUGAAUAUUUCUGUGCUGUACUCUGAGAAAUACUAUUUACGCUUAUAUACGCUGUCUGUCAAAUGUUUUUGAUCACUUGGAGUUCCUUAUCUUUAAUUACAGUUCCAGUUUUAGCUUUAGUGCUGUAGAUUAAAAAUGAUCGGCAGUUAAUUAUGAAACUAUACUAAACACGUCAUUCUCCAUUUGUUUUUUUGAAGACUGGAAACUUUCAGAUCUAACAGCGCUCUAAAUUACAGCUUUAUCAAAUUUAUUAAGUGUAAACCAGUUAAGACUGACAGUGUUAAUAUGAUUUACAAGACAAAUAUACUGUAUAUAUGUGCUACAAGUGGCUUAUUAGAGUAAUUAAUGUCUAGGCCUGUUCCAGUUAGAUCUAGAUUGUUUCCAAUGAAAUAAAACACACUUUUCUCA